CCUGGUUGGCCGGGCGGAGGUGGGGGGUGUUGGGGAUUGGUGCCGGCCCGGAGUUCAGCUGUGCGCUCCGCGCCGGGUCCCGGAGCCGGCCGCCUGAGGGAUGGACGAGACGAGCCCACUGGUGUCCCCCGAGCGGGCCCAACCCCCGGACUACACCUUCCCGUCCGGAUCGGGCGCUCACUUUCCGCAGGUGCCGGGGGGCGCGAUCCGAGUGGCGGCGGCGGCGGCGGCCGGCCCGGUCCCUUCUCCGCCGGGCUCGCCAGGCCACGACAGGGAGCGGCAGCCACUGCUGGAUCGGGCCCGGGGUGCCGCGGCCCAGGGUCAAACCCAAACGGUGGCGGCUCAGGCCCAAGCCCUGGCCGCCCAGGCCGCGGCGGCUGCUCACGCCGCGCAGGCCCACCGGGAACGGAACGAGUUUCCGGAGGACCCGGAGUUCGAGGCGGUGGUGCGACAGGCCGAAGUGGCCAUCGAGCGCUGCAUCUUCCCCGAGCGCAUCUACCAGGGCUCCAGCGGAAGCUACUUCGUCAAGGACCCUCAGGGGAAGAUCAUUGCUGUUUUCAAACCCAAGAAUGAAGAGCCCUAUGGGCACCUUAAUCCUAAGUGGACCAAGUGGCUGCAGAAGCUCUGCUGUCCCUGCUGCUUUGGCCGUGAUUGCCUUGUCCUCAACCAGGGCUAUCUUUCAGAGGCAGGGGCCAGCCUGGUGGACCAAAAACUGGAACUCAACAUUGUACCCCGUACAAAGGUAGUACACAUGGCCAGUGAGACCUUCAACUAUAGUGCCAUUGACCGAGUGAAGUCCAGGGGCAAGCGGCUUGCGCUAGAGAAAGUGCCAAAAGUUGGGCAACGGUUUAACCGCAUCGGGCUACCACCAAAGGUUGGUUCAUUCCAGCUCUUUGUUGAAGGCUAUAAAGAUGCAGACUACUGGCUACGGCGUUUUGAAGCAGAACCUCUCCCUGAGAACACUAACCGGCAACUAUUGCUGCAGUUUGAACGGUUGGUGGUGCUGGAUUACAUCAUCCGCAACACUGAUCGUGGCAACGACAACUGGCUGAUUAAAUAUGACUGUCCAAUGGAUAGUUCUAGCUCUCGGGACACAGACUGGGUGGUGGUGAAGGAGCCUGUUAUCAAGGUGGCUGCCAUUGACAAUGGGCUGGCUUUCCCCCUGAAGCAUCCUGACUCCUGGAGGGCAUAUCCUUUUUACUGGGCCUGGUUGCCCCAAGCAAAAGUUCCAUUCUCUCAGGAGAUCAAAGAUCUGAUUCUUCCAAAGAUAUCGGACCCUAACUUCGUCAAGGACUUGGAGGAGGACCUAUAUGAACUCUUCAAGAAAGAUCCUGGUUUCGACAGGGGCCAGUUUCAUAAGCAGAUUGCUGUCAUGCGGGGACAGAUCCUAAAUCUGACUCAGGCCUUGAAAGACAAUAAGAGUCCCCUGCACCUGGUCCAGAUGCCACCUGUGAUUGUUGAGACAGCUCGUUCCCACCAGCGGUCUGCUAGCGAGUCCUACACACAGAGCUUUCAGAGUCGGAAACCCUUCUUUUCGUGGUGGUAGCCCAAGAGGCAGACAAGAGUACGUUGUCUGAGACUUGGGCUAGGAGGAAACUUGGGGAGUGGGUUGCAGGAAAAGCCUGAGAAGCCGGUAGAAAGCAGUGCCUGUGAGAGCCCUCCCUCUCUGCUCACCACCCCCCUCAGGGCUUUCCCAAGCACAGGGAGAAGCACAAACAGAGCUAAAGCGAGUGCUGGUGGGCUCCCCUGAGUGCUGAGGAAGGCUGGAGCUCCAUGGAAGGAGUCCAGAUGCCCAGGAAGGAGCAUCUGCCUUCCAGCAUCUCCUGAGGCCAGGCUGGGAAAUUCCCUUUCCUGGUGAGACCUGGGCUCUGUUGCAAUUCCUCAUUAUAUUCUGCAUCAGAAACAAACAAAUAACAAAAAUUUAAAUUAUUAGCAAAACGCAGGCAGAAUCCCAGAUUCUUUCAGAAACCUCAAAUCCAGACCUAGAUUUGCAUGGAACCAGACAUUCAGGUGCCUCACUCUCAUGGACCAAGGCAGCUGGGUUACUCGCAGUCCUGGGGCAGACAGAAGCCGCACCUUUCCUUUGAGAUUUUGCCAAGUCUUCUCUUUCUCCUCCCACCAGUGCAGUAGGCUGUCUAAAAGCCUCCAAAUGGAAUUUGCAUGGCAGGGGUACUUUUGCUCUAGACCUCCUAGGAGCUCUGUAUAUGAUCCUAUAGAUCAACUCUGCUCUCUGCUCUGCUAGGGAUCCAACCUCUCAAGUGCAGGCCUGCAACCUGCCCAUCACUCAGAUAAAGGCAGGAGGGAGGACGUGGACUCCCCAGCAUGUACAAGUGAUCCAUGUAGCCUGAGUGUAUGCGGGGAGCUGUAAUUGGUCUAUGGGCAAACUUAUCCCUGUCUUGCUUCCCGAGUCCUUGGCCCUAGCCAUGGUCCUCUCAUUUGUUCCCAUUAUUUUAGGUAUUUCUUUUCUCAACUCUGACUAAGGGGUUCAGUUUGGAUUCUGGAGUGGGUCUCAGCUCAUAAGAGGACAGGAUAUUAGGUCCUUGGACUUCUCUUUAUGCUACCACUGCUGCUUGUGUUCUGCCUCCUAAUUGGUAGCUGCGCUUUGCUCCCUGACUUCUUGUUCCAGGCCAGUUUUUCCAUGGCUUCUUGAGAAAAGUGGGGCCAAAGGGGAGAGGCCUUCACACUGUUCCCCAGUGCCUGUCCAGCUCAGUGCGCUUCCUGCUUCCAUGUCUCUCCCCUCAGCUAUCCCCUUGCCAGGUGUCCAAGCCCUUUCUACACCAAAGCAAACUGGCCCCCACAAGGGAGAAAAGAGGGUGCCAUCUGUAACUCGGGAGCAGCCCUAUGCUAAGGGACUCCCAAGUUUCUGGAACCCUGCGAUUGGUCAAUCAGCUGUGAAAGAAACUAUCUUGAAGGUUUGAAAAACAACCAAAGAAAGGGAGCAAGGACUAUGUCUUGUGCCCUUUGCUUGCCCAGCUCCUGCCAUCCAGGAGACAGAGUAGAGAUGUGCAGCUCUCUCAUAAGCUGGGCCAGGCUGCCCUUCCAUCCCAGCCCCUGGAGCCAGCUUAUCUUGGGCUUCCAUCCAGCUGACGGGAAGAGUCUGGUAGCUGGGUGUGCAUGCCCUGUGGACAAAGGCACAGCUCCCCUGACAAUCCCCGUCAGCCAACUUGGACACUAGCCUUGGGGACCAUGUUUUUGAGAAUGCCUGCCCUCAGACUGCAGGAGCAAUAGGGCUCCCAGAAGCUGGAAGGGGCCCAGGUGUGUUUAGCUCUCCACAGACAUCUUUGUAUAAAUAUGUGGUAAAGGUGGGCAUCAAGAGAGCCUGAGGAGUCUAAUGAGGAACGUACUUGCUCCCCGCAACCAAGCAGAUCUGCACAUUGCCCUCAUCCAGACCAGCUCUGUGGGAAGGAAACUGGGUCCAAUGUAAGAGGGGGCUGGUCCCAGUCCUGGCAGGUGAGAGAGUGGGAGGGGCAUCCUUUCCUGGCCUCUCUGUUCUCUUUGAAACCUGUACUCAGGUUGCCUUGAAUAUGGACUUUGGGAGAGCCAGGGGCCCAGAGUGCCAGGGCAGACUUCUGGAUGGCACUCAUGGAACGGCCCAGCCCUCUGCCAGCCAUAGGCCCUGUCCCCCAGUGUCAGGGAGUAGAGGCUGGGCUGUGAGUCCUACUGCCUCUUACUGUUCUUCUAAUGCACUGUAGAAAUUGUAUGUAAUGUAUUUAAAUCAAUGCAAAUGUAUGAAUAACAAGUCCAAUUCUGA